GAGGACGGGAUGGCAUCGGGUUUUUCUCAAUGAAGGUGAUCCCAGAAGGAGGUUUUGUGCCGUUUGGGCUGCAGCUGCCAAUGAGACCGCAUCCACUGAACCCAUUCUGCUUGUGCCUGGGGAGGGGGCCCCGGGGGACUAAGCUCUCCACGACUUUUCCCCGCCUCGCGCAUCGAUGCCGUCCUACUUUUCUCCCUCCCUUUGUGGGUGCAGCAGCCUGACAGAGGGAGCGCACCAUUCAUUCUGCAGAGCGCGGGGACUCCCUGCCCUCAGCCGGGGUCAGGGACGGCAGCGGCGAAAGGGCGGCUGAGGGCUGGGAUACAGGCAGGGCACGCAGUCCUGCUGCGGAAAUGUCUUAAUGUGGGAGCUCUGUGCCUCCCGGCACCAGCAAUCUGCCAGAAACCAAUGAGAGGAAAAUCACUGCCUGCCGAGCGCCUUCAUUGAUGGGUUUCGGCGGCGGGGAGGGGAUGGCAGCACACAAAGGACGUCGCGCUCGCCCCGUGCUGAGGACGCGCUGGCACUGACGCCCGCAUCCUCGCUGCACCCGCUGUCCUCGAGGUGAUGUUUAAAAUAAAAUUAGAGCCUUUACGAAGGAGCGCUUGGAGCAUGAAUGUGUUUAUGAAGUUUCGGAAUAAGUACUCAGCGCCUGGCAACGUCACCGCCGUCAUGGGGAAGGACUACUACAAGAUUUUGGGCAUCCAGUCUGGAGCCAACGAGGAUGAAAUCAAGAAAGCCUACCGGAAAAUGGCCCUCAAGUAUCACCCCGAUAAGAAUAAAGACCCCAAUGCCGAGGAGAAGUUCAAGGAGAUUGCGGAGGCUUACGACGUGCUGAGUGACCCCAAAAAGCGAGCUGUGUACGACCAGUAUGGGGAGGAAGGUCUUAAGACUGGAGGUGGCUCCUCUGGUGGCUCAGGGAACACUUUCCACUACACGUUCCAUGGAGAUCCCCACGCCACUUUUGCGUCUUUCUUUGGAGGCUCCAACCCUUUCGAUAUCUUCUUCGCCAGCAGCCGCUCCCGGAUGUUCAAUGGCUUUGACCAGGAAGAUAUGGAUAUCGACGAUGAUGAUGAUCCUUUCAGUGCCUUUGGCCGUUUUGGCUUCAAUGGCAUUAAUGGGGUUCACCGGCGGCACCAGGAGUCCCUGCACACACGGAGGAAGGUCCAAGACCCGCCUGUCAUCCAUGAGCUCAAGGUGUCCCUGGAAGAGAUCUACCACGGCUCCACCAAGAGGAUGAAGAUCACCCGCAGAAGGCUCAAUCCUGAUGGCCGGACCAUGCGAACUGAGGAUAAGAUCCUUAACAUUGUCAUCAAACGGGGUUGGAAGGAGGGAACCAAAAUCACAUUCCCCAAAGAAGGGGACGCCACCCCAGACAACAUCCCUGCUGACAUCGUCUUCAUCCUCAAGGACAAGCCUCACUCGCACUUCAAGAGGGAUGGGACGAAUGUGGUCUACACCGCAAACAUCAGUCUUAAAGAGGCCCUAUGCGGCUGCACCGUGAACAUUCCCACCAUUGACGGGAGGGUGAUCCCGCUGCCCUGCAACGACAUCAUCAAGCCGGGCACAGUGAAGAGACUGCGCGGGGAGGGGCUGCCUUUCCCCAAGGCCCCCAGCCAGCGAGGAGACUUGAUUGUGGAGUUCAAAAUCCGCUUCCCGGACAGAAUAGCUCCCCAGACGAGACAGAUCCUCAAGCAGCACCUCCCAUGCUCCUAGAGCCCCGGGGACUCUCCUCCAAGCAGCAAUACUCCAAAUGCACGUGCCGCAGCAUCUGGCUCACACAGAGCAGAGGUGCCAGAGCACUUUCAAAUGCAAAAAACCCACUUUUCUUCCCCAAAACUCCCAUCUGUCCCACCCACCUCUGCCCCUCUUGCCCCAUUUUGUACUCCAGUGGUGGGAGAGUCUCCUGCCCUCACCUCUCUCCCAGCUGCCGCCUUUUUUUGUUUUUUUCAGAGGUCCGGCUUUGCUGCCUCGCACAAGCGCACGGCACAGGCUGUGACUUGGGGAUGUGCAUCACUUUGUGGUUUUUGUGUCACCCGCUUUUCAAGCCAACCUUCUGACCGGAGGGUGGGAUUGUAGGGAGCUCAGAGCAGUGUAAAUAGGACUUCACGGGAUCUCGCGUCCCUCCGUGUUAGAUUUCUCUUCCCUUCUUUGAUACUUGCUGCUGUUCAAGGUCCCGCCGUACCGAGGUGCCAAGGAAACCGUCCUGAGCGCGUACGGCCAAGGGACCGCUCCUACCGGACCGUUUCUAACCUGGGACCACAGCACCCAAUCCUACUGCGGUCCCCUCUCCUGUGCCAAGACCACCACCGAGUGUCACCUGUGCCAAUGGACGGAGCUCAGAGCAGUGGGGACGGUCCCUUCCAGCCUCCUGCCCAGGCUGGGAGCUUUCUUGUUCAGAUGUGUUGAGUUUGCAUUGCUGCUUUAUUUUUUAAUACAUAUAUUUAGCUCGUUAGGUAACUCUGUAAGGGUUUUCUCUGCCCGUUUUGGGUUUCCUGGAGUGGUUGACCCCGCUGUUGGGGAGCAGCUCAGCCAUACAAACAACCUGCCUGUGAGAGUGGAGAAUGUGUGUAGCACAAGACUGGGUGCAAAAGCAGAGCCAAGCGUGAGCAGAGCUGUGGUUUUGACUAGUGUUCGAGUUCAACCUUAUGGAUUGUAAUAGGUAGAGAAAUGCACGUGUAUAUAUUUUUCUACAAGGAAGUCUAAUUCAGGAGGUGUUUCCGAGCGUGACGGUGGAGCUGAGAGGAGCAUGAGGCAAUCUGCUUGGUGGUUUGGUUUUCAAAUGCUGUAUUUUUUUAAAAACUUCGGAUUUCCAUCAGGAGAAUUUUUAUAUUUCUUACCUUCCUCAGCCAACUCUGCCUCUUGCCAUUUUUUUCCCUGGAGGGGCCAGCAGGGCUCCUCCACCACUGCAGCUCUGCGCCUGCCUGAGCGGCGCGGAGAAAGCCAAGGCGCUUCCCCGGGCACCUUUCUGUGAAGGGAAAUCACUGGCUUGAAGCAGAGAUCUGGAGGUAUACAGCUGUACAGUGCAUCACGUGGCAGGAGGACAGCCCGUGGGCAUGGGGAUAGAGCACUUGCAUUAUUAAAGCACUACUUAAUUUAUCAACCAGUUUGACUUCAGGUUGGGGCGCGCCGCCUUUUCCCUCCACUGAUCUCUCUGGAGUUCAGCAUGCAGAAAACUGGUGGACACUGAUGGAGCGAGAAGACAGGUCAGCACACAGAUGCAAGCUGCUUUGUUUUUCUCAGUUUCUAUGAGACCUGAAUGUUUUAUAGUGUUUUGGGUUUUUUUUUGUUUGUUUUUUUUUUAAUGUAACUUUUUUUUUUUUUUGUAAUGUCAGU